AUGUCUUUGGCACUUACAUGCAUCCUUUCCUCAGUUUUCUCUCAUCUUUUGAGUCCUCGUACAAACAAUCCUGCGAGCCACCAAGAGAAACAUAGCCUGGGGCCAGAACGAACAUGCUUGGUCUUGAAAGUUGCGAGUGGCCGCAGGGCUUCCCAAGUUAGCACGCUCCCCUACCUCAUGGAUCGCGCGGCAUGCUGGCAGUCCAAACAGAAUCAGCUCUACUCAGCUUCUCACAGCCUGCCUAGCUGGCGUCCUUGUGCCGCCAGCCCUGUCUUGCCUGGAAGACGCUUGCUUCUUGAGAGAAAAUACGCUAAGGUAUCGGCGGCGAAGACCGAGAUCGGCAAUUAUGCUACAGAAAGGGGGCUUCGUGGCCCGGUCAAAGUCGAUUGCACGCGUGCUUUCCAACGUUGCAACGCGAGAACCCACUCCUCCUCCUCCUCCUACCUGCUUAACGUUCUCAGUUACUGA